ACAAACAUGGACAACUCGCUAACAAUAGCCCUUGGGUGGUUGGUCAGACUAUUAUUGUAGGUGUUUCUAUGCUAAUUAUGUGUGACUGAGAGCAUGUCAAAAGCAGUUACUGGAAAUAAUGUGGGGAGCUGGAAAUUGUGAGGUGGAAUUACUUUGCCCGCAACGGAGGAAAAAAAGGGUGAGUUUGAACAGUGGCUUUGUUAGAAAAGAGCCAAACAAAUGAGUACAUGUUCUGUUCCAGAGAACGAUAUUACUCCAUCGACGCAAAACGACAUACGGAAGACAUCAUCGUCGUCGAGAUCAUCAUCAUCAUCUUGGAGAGAGCGGAUCGUCAGCAUCAUGAUCGUGGCUUCUGGCUGCGCGCUCUGCAGAGACCCCGUUGGCUGACAGGAGCGGACGUCACCACCUCUCGCGGCUCCACUAUAACCCCCUCAAGCCUUUGGCGGCCACAGACGCGAGAGUGGAAGUAGGGGCAACUUUUGCCUUUUGCGCGGACGGAGCAUUCGCAUCCCAUGAAGGCAGAGUGUAUGAGCGCGACGCGGGCGCAGUGAGGAGCAGUGGCGCUUUUACGCGUAGCCUUUUAUUUUGGAUCGUCUUGGCGCGCGUUUGAAGUCCACCUUGGAUAGUUUUGGAGCGCUUCAUUCUGCACUGUUUGACUCUUGGAGUUCGAUUUUUCCCCAGGUUCCAGCAAUGACAGCUCUAAGCAUGAUUUCCUCGCGCGCGUUCCUGCUGGUGUUAAACUGCUUCGUGGGCGCUGCAUCGGUGAGAAACCUGAGAGGAGGCUCCUGGGACGCGCAGGACGGCGGCUUUGUCCAGUUCCCCUCGGACGCGUUCUCGGGUGUCCUGGACCAGGACAUGGUUUCCCAGCACAUGUCCAAGCUGUACGAGAAAUGCAACAAGGAGAGCCGCCUCAAAGAGGGGAACACUGUCAGGAGUUUCAGAGCCACUCAAGACUCGUCUGAUCGUAGGACUGUUUACCGGCUGAACCUGACAACGCUCCAGGACUCCGAGUUCAUCCUCUCCGCCACAUUUCACUUUCAGCUCAACCGGCGCCCGCAUCCAAAACCCUGGUUCUGCAAACGCUUCAAGGGCCCGUCCUGCGGUUCCUCCGGCGUCCAGUCCUCCCCGUCCGUCAGCCUGUUCCUUCACUCUGUCUCCUCCGGGUCAGAGGUCAGAUCUGGGUCAGCUGGAUCAUUUCUAGGCAACGUGACCUUCCACCCUCACAGGAGAGGUGUGUGGCAGAUGAAAGAUGUGACCCAGGUCAUAAAGGAAGCGCGGAAGGCGGGUCACCUGCUGUUGUCUGUGGAGCUGGACUUAGGACAGCAGCACCACAGCAAACCAGUGGAGGCCCUCUCCGCUGGCAACAUGCCCUAUCUGCUAGCGUACGCUAACGACCGCGCUCUGGCGGAGCCCAACAGCGUGGCCGCGAGCCUUCAAAGGUACGACCCAUUCAGCGAGGGCGCAGAGGCCUCGCAUUCCUCUCAGCUCCUGCACCCACCCAACUCCCCAUCAGAGGCGAGGGUACGCAAGAGAAAGGAAGCGACCCCACUCUCUGAGCCCAUUCAGAACAAUGAGCUGCCCGAGGUCGACUACAUGCCUGAAGGGUACCGGAAGGACGAGCUCUGGGAGAAAACUUGGUACCAAGCACUCAAACCCAAGCCUAAGUCAGGAAGGAAGCAAAAGAGGAGGAAGGGCCACGAGGAAGAAGCAGCGGAGGAAGGCGCUGAAGCCCAGGUUCCCAAAGGAGAGCGAACACCACAGGGGCCCAAACCCGACGAAUCAGCUGCGAAAAAACCCAAAGACAGUCACGCCGGCGGCGGCGGACGAAGGCAUGAGCGUAGAAACGAGGACAAGGAAGGAAGGAAGCACAAGGGGAGCGAUGGCGCUCAGUCGCCUGUCCUGAGUUUUGACGAACACACGAUGCGCAAGGCCAGAAGGAGGCAGUGGGGCAGCGCCCAGCACACGGGCUGCUCCAGGAAGAACCUCAGGGUGGAUUUCGCCGACAUCGGCUGGAGCGAGUGGAUCGUGGCGCCCAAGGCCUUUGACGCCUACUACUGCGCAGGCACUUGUGCAUUCCCCAUGCCCAAGGUGGCGCGGCCGUCGAACCACGCCACCAUCCAGAGCAUCGUCCGGGCCGUGGGCAUCGUCCCGGGGGUCCCCAAGCCCUGCUGCGUCCCAGAAAGGAUGGCGCCUCUGGCCGUGCUCUACCGGGAUGAGUCCAGGAACCCCGUGCUCAAGGUCUACCCCAACAUGUCGGUGCAGUCGUGCUCCUGCCGAUAGGGCGCCCGGGGCCACGAGGGCCGAGGGCAAAACAAGGUGGACGCGGAGAGAGACGAGCGCAGACAGAACCGGGCCUCUGUUUGUCCAGUGGUUUCCCGAUACCGCGAGACGAAGUCACUUUGGCCCGUUGUUGCUAUUUGAACACAGACCGUAGAGAAAUCGGCGUCGGCCUCAGCGAGGGGAGCGGGAGUCGGGACCCCGCACGUCCCAGAGGCCCCGG